GCCAAAGCCAGACAGAAGUCUUCAAAGCGCACUGGUUCAAAGUGAACUUCUGUCAAAGCGCAUUGGUUCAAAGCAGAAAUUUCUUUUCAAAGCAGAUUUCUUUUUGCCAACAGCUCACUUCGUACCGCAACAAUUCAGCGCUCACGGAGAUGGCUAGUGGAAACUAUCAGCAGGGGAAGAACUGGACCAGCGGCGGGGAUGGAAAAGGAAAUGCAACCUACUCGAAUGGCUAUGGAGAGAAGAUCUCCAACCCGAGCGCUUACUUCGACACGGUGGCAAAGAAUUCCUAUGGGUACAACAAUUCAUACAGCAACGGGAAUGGAAAGGGGAUUUCAAAUCCGGGUUCUUACUUCAAGGCCGUGGCAGAAGAUCGUUAUGGCUACAACAAGAAGUAGUGUCCAUGAGCCGGAUUCAAUGCGAUGGGCGAACGGGUCGAGUGGUGAAGGUUCUUGGGACUUUUUCAUGCGGAGGGAGUUCAGAGUAGUAGCAAUAUGUUAUAUAUAGGUUUGUAAGCAGUUGUACAGAAGAUAUACAGAGGACCGAUGUGCUAGGUCUGCCUUGUAGCCAUCAAGGGGUAUGGACUCCUCGGCCAGCUGAUGUUUUGUGCGGCUGCCUGGACCAGACAAUAGAAGGGACCUAUAGUGGUGGCAGUCACUCAAAGAGUCUUGCAAGCGGACCACCAUCCAGAUCGGAAGGGUUCUGUUGCAAAGCAGAAGGCUCAGGGCCUCUAGCCGAUCCUUCCACCACGGAAGGGAAUGUACUUUCGAAAUACAACCAAACACUGUGGGCACAGGGUCACGAGCAGAAAGUUGAACGUACUGUAAAUCCAAUAGACCUGAGCCUUUGAAAUCGUUGGUAUAAGUUGUGCACAUAUAAUAUGUGUGGUUCUGAUCAUUUCGCCUCCCG